GGCUGCAGUGAGCUAUAAUCACGCCACUGCACUCCAGCCUGGGUGACAGAGUGAGACUCUGUCUCAAAAACAAAACAAAACAAAAACCUCCUCAAAUGUAUAAAUAGCAAGAAAAUGAGGGGCAAAUGUGGUAAAAAUAUAAUGGGUAAAAAGUCUAAGUAAGUUCUUUGUGUGCAUCUUGUAAAUUUUCUCAGCAUUUCAAAUUACUUCAAAAUAAAGUGUUUUUUUAAAUAACAAAUAAAGCACAGGCUUUGGAGUCAGGCAGUGUGUUAGUGUUAGAACCUAGCCUGACAACUUGCUAGCUGUGUGAUCACAGGCAAAUGUUUCCACCUCUGUGAGCCUCCAUGUUCUCAUCUGAAAAAGAACCUUAGGACUACGCCUUCCCAGCCUGCCUACCUCUCGGUGUUGCAGUAAAAGUUGGAUAAGGGCAGGGAAGGCCCUUAAUGAGCAUGUGCAUUAAUCGAGGUUUUUCCAGAACUAACAGGGUAUUUAUAUUUGUUUUGAGGUAUUUAUUUUAAGGAAUUGGCUCAUGUGAUUGUGGAGGCUGGCAAAUCCAAAAUCGGCAGGGUAGACUGGCAGGUGGGAGACCCAGGAAGGAGUUGCUGCUGCAAGUGGAGGCCAAGGCACUGCAGCCGAAUUCCCUCUUCCUCGGGCGAGCUCAGUCUUUAGUCUAUUAAGGCCUUCAACUGAUUGAAUCAGGCCCACCACCUUACAGAUGAUAAUCCGCUUUACUCAAAAAAAAGUCUACCAAUGUAAAUGUUAAUCUUAUCUUUAAAAAAUACCUUCACAAAAAGAUCUAGGAUAAUGUUUGACCAAAUAUCUGGGUACCUGGGCUCAGCCAACUUGACACAUAAAAUUAACCAUCCCAGUAUGGAAGGGCCCUGGUCCCCCGCUACAUCUUGGAGAUUUUUGCCUUCUCUGUGAAUUAUUAUUGCUGGGCCAAGGCAGCUGGCUGGGAGUCCUCUGCGAGUUUUGUUUUCAAAGCUCUGGGCACAGGAGUUGCAUGUCUGUCUCCUUUCUGGCUCACACACUUGGGGUGUGUUUUCUUGUCCUUGCGAGGCUGGACAAGUGCCUCAUACGGUCCCUCGGCUGUCCACAAGUGUGCUGAGAAACUGGACACACAGAGGUUCCCACCAGCUGACCACCCCGGGGCCUGUGUUUACCCAGAAGCAGACCAAAACCUGAGUCCAGCUAGGUCCCUGCUUUGCUGUGUGUCCCUGAGCAAGUCAGUUCCCUCUCUGGGUCUCUUUUUCCUCUCUGCCGCUUUCCCUGAAUGUGAGUUCCCUGGCCACUGAGAACAGGGGGAAAGGGACAGAGCCUCAAAAGAUGACCUGUGCGCCCCUGCUUCUAAGCACUUUGCAGGUAUUAUUUAAUCAUCAAGCUAAUCCUAUGAGAGAGCUGCCAUUUUCCCCCAGCUUACAGAUGGGGGAAUUGAGGCGCGAAGAGGGCAGGCGAUGUGCUCAAGGACAGACGUCUAGCAGGUAUGAAGCCCUCACAAUGGGGUUCUAGAGGCUGUUUGGUUAACCUCAAGUUUUGGGGAGCCCCUGAAGGGCUGGUCACCACGCUGCCGGGGACAGGGAAAGCCUCUGAGCUUGAGUCAGUUUUGGUUUCCCUGCUGGGGUGCAGGAGUCAGUAAACCUUGCUGCAAGGGGCGGGGAAGAGCAUUUGAGCUUAAGUUAGUUUUGGUUUCCCUGCCCCGGAUGCAGGAGUUGGUAAACUCACUGCAAGGGGCAGGGCAGAGCCUCUGAGCUUAAGUUAGUUUUGUUUCCCUGUCCCGGAUACAAGAGUUGGUAAGCUCGCUGCAGUGGGUGGAGAGAGGCCUCUAGACUUCAGUUUCAGUUUCCUGGCUCUGGGCAGCAGCAAGAAUUCCUCUGCCUCCCAUCCUACCAUUCACUGUCUUGCCGGCAGCCAGCUGAGAGCAAUGGGAAAUGGGGAGUCCCAGCUGUCCUCGGUGCCUGCUCAGAAGCUGGGUUGGUUUAUCCAGGAAUACCUGAAGCCCUACGAAGAAUGUAAGACACUGAUCGACGAGAUGGUGAACACCAUCUGUGACGUCCUGCAGGAACCCGAACAGUUCCCCCUGGUGCAGGGAGUGGCCAUAGGUGGCUCCUAUGGACGGAAAACAGUCUUAAGAGGCAACUCCGAUGGUACCCUUGUCCUCUUCUUCAGUGACUUAAAACAAUUCCAGGAUCAGAAGAGAAGCCAACGUGACAUCCUCGAUAAAACUGGGGAUAAGCUGAAGUUCUGUCUGUUCACGAAGUGGAUGGAAAACAAUUUCGAGAUCCAGAAGUCCCUUGAUGGGUUCACCAUCCAGGUGUUCACAAAAAAUCAGAGAAUCUCUUUCGAGGUGCUGGCCGCCUUCAACGCUCUGAGCUUAAAUGAUAAUCCCAGCCCCUGGAUCUAUCGAGAGCUCAAAAGAUCCUUGGAUAAGACAAAUGCCAGUCCUGGUGAGUUUGCAGUCUGCUUCACUGAACUCCAGCAGAAGUUUUUUGACAACCGUCCCGGAAAACUAAAGGAUUUGAUCCUCUUGAUAAAGCACUGGCAUCAACAGUGCCAGAAAAAAAUCAAGAAUUUACCCUCACUGUCUCCGUACGCCCUGGAGCUGCUUACGGUGUAUGCCUGGGAACAGGGGUGCAGAAAAGACAACUUUGACAUUGCUGAAGGCGUCAGAACCGUUCUGAAGCUGAUCAAAUGCCAGGAGCAGCUGUGUGUCUAUUGGAUGGUCAACUACAACUUUGAAGAUGAGACCAUCAGGAACAUCCUGCUGCACCAGCUCCAAUCAGCGAGGCCAGUAAUCUUGGAUCCAGUCGACCCAACCAAUAAUGUGAGUGGAGAUAAAAUAUGCUGGCAAUGGCUGAAAAAAGAAGCUCAAACCUGGUUGACUUCUCCCAACCUGGAUAAUGAGUUACCUGCACCAUCUUGGAAUGUUCUGCCUGCACCACUCUUCACGACCCCAGGCCACCUUCUGGAUAAGUUCAUCAAGGAGUUUCUCCAGCCCAACAAAUGCUUCCUAGAGCAGAUUGACAGUGCUGUUAACAUCAUCUGUACAUUCCUUAAAGAAAACUGCUUCCGACAAUCAACCGCCAAGAUCCAGAUUGUCCGGGGAGGAUCAACCGCCAAAGGCACAGCUCUGAAGACUGGCUCUGAUGCCGAUCUCGUCGUGUUCCAUAACUCACUUAAAAGCUACACCUCCCAAAAAAACGAGCGGCACAAAAUCGUCAAGGAAAUCCAUGAACAGCUGAAAGCCUUUUGGAGGGAGAAGGAGGAGGAGCUUGAAGUCAGCUUUGAGCCUCCCAAGUGGAAGGCUCCCAGGGUGCUGAGCUUCUCUCUGAAAUCCAAAGUCCUCAACGAAAGUGUCAGCUUUGAUGUGCUUCCUGCCUUUAAUGCACUGGGUCAGCUGAGUUCUGGCUCCACACCCAGCCCCGAGGUUUAUGCAGGGCUCAUUGAUCUGUAUAAAUCCUCGGACCUCCCGGGAGGAGAGUUUUCUACCUGUUUCACAGUCCUGCAGCGAAACUUCAUUCGCUCCCGGCCCACCAAACUAAAGGAUUUAAUUCGCCUGGUGAAGCACUGGUACAAAGAGUGUGAAAGGAAACUGAAGCCAAAGGGGUCUUUGCCCCCAAAGUAUGCCUUGGAGCUGCUCACCAUCUAUGCCUGGGAGCAGGGGAGUGGAGUGCCGGAUUUUGACACUGCAGAAGGUUUCCGGACAGUCCUGGAGCUGGUCACACAAUAUCAGCAGCUCUGCAUCUUCUGGAAGGUCAAUUACAACUUUGAAGAUGAGACCGUGAGGAAGUUCCUACUGAGCCAGUUGCAGAAAACCAGGCCUGUGAUCUUGGACCCAGCCGAACCCACAGGUGACGUGGGUGGAGGGGACCGUUGGUGUUGGCAUCUUCUGGCAAAAGAAGCAAAGGAAUGGUUAUCCUCUCCCUGCUUCAAGGAUGGGACUGGAAACCCAAUACCACCUUGGAAAGUGCCGACAAUGCAGACACCAGGAAGUUGUGGAGCUAGGAUCCAUCCUAUUGUCAAUGAGAUGUUCUCAUCCAGAAGCCAUAGAAUCCUGAAUAAUAAUUCUAAAAGAAACUUCUAGAGAUCAUCUGGCAAUCGCUUUUAAAGACUCGGCUCACCGUGAGAAAGAGUCACUCACAUCCAUUCUUCCCUUGAUGGUCCCUAUUCCUCCUUCCCUUGCUUCUUGGACUUCUUGAAAUCAAUCAAGACUGCAAACCCUUUCAUAAAGUCUUGCCUUGCUGAACUCCCUCUCUGCAGGCAGCCUGCCUUUAAAAAUAGUUGCUGUCAUCCACUUUAUGUGCAUCAUAUUUCUGUCAACUUGUAUUUUUUUUCUUGUAUUUUUCCAAUUAGCUCCUCCUUUUUCCUUCCAGUCUAAAAAAGGAAUCCUCUGUGUCUUCAAAGCAAAGCUCUUUACUUGCCCCUUGGUUCUCAUAACUCUGUGAUCUUGCUCUCGGUGCUUCCAACUCAUCCACAUCCUGUCUGUUUCCUCUGUAUACAAAACCCUUCCUGCCCCUGCUGACACAGACAUCCUCUAUGCCAGCAGCCAGCCAACCCUUUCAUUAGAACUUCAAGCUCUCCAAAGGCUCAGAUUAUAACUGUUGUCAUAUUUAUAUGAGGCUGUUGCCUUUUCCUUCUGAGCCUGCCUUUCUCCCCCCACCCAGGAGUAUCCUCUUGCCAAAUCAAAAGACUUUUUCCUUGGGCUUUAGCCUUAAAGAUACUUGAAGGUCUAGGUGCUUUAACCUCACAUACCCUCACUUAAACUUUUAUCACUGUUGCAUAUACCAGUUGUGAUACAAUAAAGAAUGUAUCUGGAUUUUGUGCCUAGUUCCUAGCACACAGCUUCAAAAAUUCUAGAGUUUCCUGAUAGGAGUGUCUUUUGUAUUCAUAACAAGCCCUUUUCACCCAUCCCUGGGUUUAUGCUAACAAGGUUACCCAUGGUGGGCCCUUAGUUUCAAGGAAGGAGUUGGCCAAGCCAGAAAGACCAAGCAUGUGGUUAAAGCAUUGGAAUUUUCAGCCCCAUCCCACCCCCAAUCUCCAAGGAGGUGAUGGGGCUGGAAAUUGAGUUCAAUUUUAACAUGGCCAGUGAUUUAAGCAAUGAUGCCUAUGUAAAGAAACCCCAAUAAAAACUCUGGACAGUGAGGCUUGGGGAGCUUCCUGAUUGGCAGACAUUCCAAUGUACUAGGAAGGUAGCGCAUCCUGAUUCCACAGGGACAAAGGCUCCUGAGCUCUGGGCCCUUCCAGUGCUUGCCACCCUACAUACUCUUUGUCUGGCUCUUCAUUUGUAUUCUUUAUAAUAAAAUGGUGAUUGUAAGUAGAGCA